CCUGAGUAUGUUUUGAUCAGCGCACAUGCCGUUGCCGGAGUUUGCCGAAACUGCAAAUUUUAUAAAUUUUAUUCGGCAAUAGUAACUAUUUAAACAGUUAUCUUUACCUUAAAAUUAUGGGUAAGAAAAAGGAUAAAACAGCCAAAGUUCCGCUAGUGGAAGAAACCGCAGAAGCUGAGCCAAAAGUCGCCAAAUCGAAGAAAGAAAAACGGAAAAAGUCCUCCGAUCCUGCAAGCAGUAAUGAUCCCGCACCAGAUGAUGCACCAUCAUCCACAAAGAAAGCCAAGCUAGAAGAGCCGUCCGACAUCACAGCCGGAACGAGCAUCGACCAGGCGCUCCUCGUCAAUCCCGCCCUCAAGCUGAACAAAAAAACCAAACGGGCAAAGAAGCGUGAGAAACACGCCAAGAACAAGGACGAGCUCAAGCAGAAAGCUCGGGACCGCGAGAAGGAAGAGUGCCGCCAGUAUUUGCAAACCUGGCAGGACAGCAGGGACAAGUGGAAGUUCCAGAAGAUCCGGCAGAUCUACAUCCAGAAGCACGUGUUCGACGAGCAGUACUUGGACGGGGCCAUUUGGCCGGUUGCGCUGGAGUACCUUUCGGGGACGAAGGGAUCGGCGCGGACGGAGCUGACCAAACAGGCCGAGUCCGUUAUCAAGGAGCUGGAUGCACAGGUUAAAGAAAGUGGGGAAGAUGGGCUGCUGGAAGGAAGUAAGUAUCAACGGGCAAGGGAGUUGCUUCAAUAUAUGGGGUGAGGGGGGAUUAAAAAGAGCGUAUGGAUCGAAAGAA